CCGGUGGUCGUGGGCAGCAUGGCGGUUGUGGCUGCAAUUCGGGGUUCCCAGGGAGGGCGGCGUCUCUGGCUCGGGAUCCCUGGGAAGGUGAACCUUAACUGGCAUUCCUUAUCUUUCUUUUCAUCUUCAGUGCCAACAACUAAACUAUUCAUUGAUGGCAAGUUUGUUGAGUCUAAAAGCAAUGAAUGGAUUGAGAUUCUCAACCCAGCCACCAAUGAAGUGGUUGGUCGUGUCCCAAAAGCCACACAGAGUGAGAUGGAAGCAGCUGUGGCUUCGUGCAAAAAAUCCUUCCGGAAUUGGUCUGAGACGUCUAUUCUGAGCCGGCAGCAAGUCUUCCUGCGAUACCAGCAGCUCAUCAAAGACAAUCUGAAAGAAAUUUCAAAACUCAUCACUUUGGAGCAAGGGAAGACCCUGGCUGAUGCUGAGGGAGAUGUGUUUCGAGGCCUCCAGGUUGUUGAACAUGCUUGCAGUGUGACAUCCCUCAUGCUGGGCGAGACCCUUCCCUCCAUCACUAAAGAUAUGGACACUUAUACCUAUCGCUUGCCUCUUGGAGUAUGUGCAGGCAUUGCACCAUUCAAUUUCCCAGCCAUGAUUCCUCUUUGGAUGUACCCCAUGGCUAUGGUGUGUGGUAACACCUUCUUGAUGAAGCCUUCAGAACGUGUGCCGGGAGCCCUCAUGUUCCUUGCCAAGCUGUUGCAAGAUGCCGGUGCCCCAGAUGGAACACUGAACAUCAUCCACGGGCAACAUGAAGCUGUGAAUUUUAUUUGUGACCAUCCUGAUAUCAAAGCCAUCAGCUUUGUGGGAUCUAAUCAGGCUGGAGAACAUAUCUACGAAAGGGGUUCCAAGAACGGCAAGAGAGUCCAGGCCAAUAUGGGAGCUAAGAACCAUGGAGUGGUAAUGCCAGAUGCCAAUAAAGAGAACACCUUGAAUCAGUUGGUGGGAGCAGCUUUUGGAGCAGCUGGACAGCGUUGCAUGGCAUUGUCUACAGCAAUCAUGGUGGGAGAGGCUCAGAAAUGGCUACCAGAACUUGUGGAGAGAGCUAAGAACCUGAGAGUUAAUGCAGGAGACCAACCUGGAGCAGAUCUUGGGCCUUUGAUCAGCCCCCAGGCCAAGGAACGUGUCUGCCGACUCAUUGACAGUGGUGUCAAGGAAGGGGCCAAAAUUCUUCUUGAUGGACGAAACGUUAGAGUGAAAGGCUUUGAAAAUGGCAAUUUUGUUGGACCGACUGUACUGGCUAAGGUCAAGCCAAACAUGACCUGCUAUAAGGAGGAAAUCUUUGGACCAGUCCUAGUGGUCCUGGAAGCAGACAAUUUGGAUGAAGCGAUUGAAAUCAUAAAUGAGAAUCCCUUUGGGAAUGGGACUGCAAUUUUUACCACUAAUGGUGCCACUGCUCGGAAAUACUCCCAUUUAGUGGAUGUUGGGCAGGUUGGUGUGAAUGUUCCAAUUCCAGUGCCUUUACCAAUGUUCUCCUUCACUGGCUCUCGUGGGUCCUUCAGAGGAGAUACCAAUUUCUAUGGUAAACAGGGGGUGCAGUUUUACACACAGUUGAAAACAAUCACGUCUCAGUGGAAAGAAGAAGAUGCCACUGUUGCUAGGCCUGCUGUAGUUAUGCCAACCAUGGGGAACUAAAGCGGCUUCUUGCAAUGGUUAGAGAUGCUGCUUGUGAGUGUAUUGUUCACCUUCCACAGUGCAGGCUACCUCUGGACAUUCAUUGCUAGUAUUGCCCUCUUCAUUUCAGGACCUUCAUUUCAAAUCAAAUUGGCUAUGGGCCUUUAACUCCAAGUUCUAGAUUUUUUUUCAUCUAUGUAUUAGCUAACUAAGCCCCAUUUUUCUUAUGAGUUUCUCUAGUAGAGAAAACACUGUACUGUGAGCAGCCGCACAAAAGUAGGAUUUGCUUCUUCUGUCUACUUCUUUUCACAGUACCGAAAUCAAAGCUCUGUUUUCCAUGGAAUGUUACAAUGAAGUGCCAGUUAACUUCAGAUACUGCUACCACUCUGUUUACAUCUGUUAUGUACUGCUACUGAAAAAAUCCAACUCAUCUUUUUUGUCCCCUUGAAGAACAGAGCAAUAUAUUUUCAGAAAGGCAAAACUGAUCAGUCCUUAACUUUAGUGAGCAGUUAUCAAGAAUUUAAUGCACAGAAAAUGUCAAUUUCAAUAGCACAAUGAGUGUAUGAAACCUUGCUUUCCCUUGGGAAUUUAGUCCCACCAUGCAUGUAAACAAGAUGAAAAAUGAACACCCUUGCCUUUCAGAGCAGUGUGCCUACACACUAUUUAACAUUCUUGAAGCCUGUGUGAUUGUUUCUUCUUUUUAGUGCUACAAGUCCUUCCAGAAACAAUCAAUUGCUUCCUUAAAAAUAGUCCUAAUAGUCCUUGUUGAGGUAUUACUUUCCAUUGCUUAACCAAAUGGAAGUGGAGAACUUCCUUUAAUUGUAGGCUCUAGGUCUAGUUAUAGGCAGGUCCUUUAACCUACAUGCUAUAAGUGUUUAUUACUUUACACUAUCCAAGCCCUCCAUCUGCAGUGUACGUAGGUUAAGAUGUGACUGGCACAGCCAUGGGAUGAUGUACUUUUUGACUUAAUAUCUCUGAUGGCGUAACAACAACUGACUGAAAAUACUUCUGUAAGUUUGAAAAUCAUGCUGUGGAUUUUGUUUUAUCUCAUCCAACAGUGUAUGAACUUCUUUUGUAUUCUACCCUUUUGCAACUGUGGCAAGCACUUAAAAUCAGUUAAAUUGGGUUUUCAUCUGUAUGCUAGA